AAACUUUAGACAUACGUGAACACUACAUAUUGAGUGUUCUGCUGUCUAGCAGAUGUAGAAAAAUUGAAUUGGAAAGGUUAUGAUAGACAAUUUAUCCAAGAUAUUGUGUUUCUAGAUCAGUAUUAGAAUUGUGCGAGUGAGAAUAUUUGGAACUUUUUUAAAACAUGAUUUGCAUUUAGAAGAAUUGAAGUUAAUAAAACAAAUUAUGUUUAUCAACCGAUAGAGCAACAGUGAAUUUACUAGUCUGUACAGUAGAGACUGAAAGAUCAUAAUUUCUAAACAGAAGAUAAUGGAAAGCCAUUACGCUGAUUUAUUUCGCAUCACCUUUAUGCUAAACUGUUUUCUAUUUUUUUCCUUCGCGGGAGUGAACAGCGCACCAGUGACAUUGAAUAUCAUAGAUGUCAUGAAGAAUGACUCAAAACUAUGCCCGACAUCUAAAUUUUUAUACGAGUCAGAAAUUAUAAAACUUUGUGCAUCCGUGACAUAUCCUACUGCUCCUUGGAAUUAUAAUCCAGACAAUUUAACUAAUUUUCUGUGUUUAGGAGUUUAUGAUACAGCAUACAAGAUUUGCCAAUAUUCUAGUCAGUUGCCAAUUCCCCUCAAUAACACAGCAACAUUUGAUUUAUAUUUAAAGAAAUAUGUUCCUAAUGAGAAUGAACCCCAGGAAGAAUUUUGCUCCAGAUUACAAGGAUUAACAUCACUUUAUAAUAAUACUGAAAUAAAUCAGUUUUGGAAACCAUUAGUUAAAAAUCUCAAUAUACCUCAUACAUGUUUCAGGAUAUGCUUUGAUUUUCAUGAUAAAUUUCGUCCACUAUGCGCAGUACUUGCUUGGAUCAAAAGUAUUGAUGAUGAUAUGGUAAAAAGGGCGAAUAAGGUAGAAACAAAACAUAAUCUUGUGGCAACUGAUAAAACGCAUAUAAGUCAGUCAAAGGAAGAAAUAGUGGAUAUCAAAAUUACACCAAUUGAAUCGAAAAAAAUAGAAACAAAAGAAUCUAAGAAGCAAGAUGAAAAGCAAAUUACAUUAGAUUCUAACAAGAAUAAUAAUGAUGUUAAAGGAAGUAAUUUAAAUAUUCCUGGAAAUGCACCACUUGCAGAUGGAGAAAAAUUGGAUGAUGAAAAAACAAAAUCUGAUACUGGACAAGCGAAUAAUAUUCAAAAGAAAGUAAAUAGUUCUUUAGAGACACAAGCUCAUAAAGGAAAUAAAGAGAGUAGCAUUGUUACUGAAUUUGAUACUAAUGCAGAACUUGCAAAUCCUAUGAAAGGUAUUUCUCCAAAUGGUGAUUCACAAAUUCCAUCAAGAAAUGUAAAUAAUAAAGUUAUAAAUGAAGAAAAUGCAGAGAAAUCUAAAGAGCAAGAUAUUGAUAGUAUAAAACCCAGUACAAUAUCAGAAAAUACACAAGAGCAUUAUGAUGCUGGAAAUCCAGAUGAUAACAUGGAAAAUGAUGGACUUGAUGAUGUAGAUGAGACAAUUCAACAUCCAGACACAGGAAAUCAAAAUGAACAUAUACAAGAAGCCUCCGAACAGAAGAAUAAUAAUGCAAGAAUAACAGAAUAUUCUAACAUGAGAACAGAAGAUGAUUCCCAUUUCUUUACUUAUUUUACUGUGAUCACUUUGGCGUGUCUUGCUGGAUACAUAGGUUAUCAUAAUAAACAGAAGAUACUUGCUAUUGUAUUAGAGGGUCGAAGAUCACGAAAUAAUCGUGGUAGACGGCGACCGAGUACAGCCAGCUAUCGAAAAUUGGAUUGUACACUUGAAGAAGCCGUUACGUCACAAUGUAAUGCUAAUGUUACUCAUGUCAUAUAUUAAUGCGAGUAGAAUAUUACAAAUUUUCUAAUGUCUGUAUUAUAGUAUAACAAGUGUAAUAUAUUUUGUAUUUAAGCGUACUUUCAGUAUAAUAUUAUUUAAUUUUCUAAAGUUUUAUAUUUUGGCAUUGAAAUAAUCCGCCAUAACAGUGAAAUUUAUGAAUAAUAAUAAGGUAUAAUGAUGAUAUAAUGAUAAUUUGAUAUGUGAUAUUGAAGAAUCUAAUUAUAUUUUUCAUUUACAUUAUAUCGAGUUAAACGUAUGAUUUAUUUAAAAUUUUCAUUCUUUUAUUUUCAUUACUUCCCAGUAAACUGUAGUAUGCUAACAAAUUGGUAGCACAUUUGAUCAGGAAUUGCGCACAAAUUAACAUUCAUUGUGUUCGUAAAAAGCAUGUUUUGUCAACAGAGCCUACUAAUUCGAAAAGUUGAAUAGAUUCUGCUCUAUUUUUUGCACUAAUCUGUAUUAAAUUAUACAAAUACGUCAAAAUUUGUUCGAUUUCUGCUAUAAUAUUUUGUUCAUAAACUUUCAUACAUUUUUGUCAGUAUUUUUAUCAACGCAAUUUACUUUACAAAUUAUAUUUUACUUAUGUUAAGUUUUUUCUGUUGACAAAAUUUGUAGCGAACACUUUGCAAAAUUGCUCUCGACAGAUUUUGCUGUAUUAGUGCAUCAUUGAAGAGUUCAUGAAAACUUAUUAUUUUUAUAGGUCAAACAAAAAUUUAAUUGUUAAAUAAAAAAAUAUAAAAAGUUUUUAAUAAUUUUUGUUUAAUAUAUUACAUUUUUUUACUUUUGUGACAUGCUAUUCAUGAAUAUUAAAGUACUAUGCGUAUUACAUUUAAAAAAUCAUAUAUUAUACGUAUUUUAAGUUUAACAAUUUUUGAAGAAAAAUAGUAUGACAUAAUUAUGACUAGAUAUGACAUACUAAAUAUGACUAAUUAUUGAUACUACAAUUGGACAAUCUGUCAAUAAUAAUUAAUUGUUAAUUUAAUGAUGACAGUUGAUCAUUGUUACACGCGAGUUCUAAUCGAUAUAUUCAUACUUUAUUUUUAAUUAAUACUAAUUUGUUUAUAUGUCUAUAUGUCGUUACAUCGCCAUAAUUAUAAAUUACAAAUUAAUCUAAUCGUUUUAUUUUAUCAUUGUUUUCCUGUUUGGAAAGUAAAAUUUUAUAAAGUUUCACGAUGAGUCUUUUUGAUUCGUCAAUUUGAAAUGACUGAAAGUGGGUUUAAUGAAAAGAAAUAUGAUUACGCGUCAAAAAACCAUUGCAAGCGUGUCGUCGAAAUACUUAUUGGCACGUAAAUUUCGUCUUCCUCGAAAUUUGAAUAUAAUGUAAUAUAUGUAUAAGUUUUUGGUCUUUAUUCUGAUGUUUCUAAAUUUUAAUUAAUAUUAUGGAUCUUAUUCCGUUAUAAUUGGAAUUAUAGAUCUUAUACAGUUCUUAUAACACACACACACACACACAUACACAGUUUUAUAAACACAUUUUAUUGAAUUAUUAUUGGUUCUUUAUUUUAGAAGUAAAUUUGUUAAAAUAAGACACUUGAUUUUUGUUUUGUAAUUUUGUAUGCACCUAAUGCUUUUUAAUCAUUUUUUAAUGUUUUUAACUCUCAACGGUCAUACAUCCAAAUAACUUCAAUACGGUCAAUGGAAGUCAUGUUAAUGACUUCAAACGGUUGGUAUACGCUUUUUUGAUUGAAAAAAAUUACUGCACGUUAUUCAAGUAUUCUAAGAUGUGCUGUAAUAAUUUGUGUAAUAAAAUUCUAAUGUUAACAUAUUAAAAAAAUUUUAUGAAAAAAAAAAUUACUUUUUUUGCUUUUUUUCAUUUCUCGAAAUUUUAAAUAUGAACUUUGAAUUAAAAAUUUGUCAGGAUUAUCGUGACAGGGGGUGACCGUUGAAGGUUAAUGUCGUCAAACUCAUAUUGUAUUCAUAAGUGUUUUCUUAUUUUAUAUAUAGUCUUUUGAUUCUUUUAUUUCUUAUGAGUUGUUUAAAUUUAUUCAAUAGUAGAGGAAAAGAAGAUUUAUAUUUUGUACACAAUAGUUUUGUUACUAAUCAAUAUUUUAAAUAGAAAACUUAAUGAUUACAUUAGUCAAUGUGUUAUUUAAAUUAUCUUAGAUUCAAAGUUAUGAAAUAUUUACUACUUAAAAUGUUAUUUAUAAAAAUAUAACUCUAAGAGAAACAGGUGGUGAUGCGAUUCCGCCACAAAAAUAGAUUAAAAAAUUUGGUUUUGUUUAUAAAGAAACAUAGUGUUUCAUUACAAAAUAUAUUUACUUAAAAUAAAGAGAAAGUGUUGUAGAA